CCCUACAUAGUAGAUUUCUCAAGUUCUAAAAUUGUAACUUAUUCAACAUGGCUUCGGUGCUCGAUAAUGACUAUGCGGCUGGUGGGGAUGGAGCCGCAAAUAGACGCAUACUUAUACUUUAUGGUUCCGAGACGGGGAACAGCCAAGAUCUAGCUGGCGAUAUUGAGCGUCUAGCAGAAAGACUACACUUUAAGACGCAGGUCCAAGAAAUGAACGAUAUUGAACUUAAUGCAUUACUACAAUACCCUCUGAUCAUAUUCGUCAUUUCUACCACGGGCCAAGGCGAAGUACCGAAGAACGCUCGCAAGUUUUGGAAGAGUCUCCUCCGCAAACGACUUCCUCCAAAUUGUCUACAGCAAGUCAACUUCACCACAUUUGGUCUUGGUGAUAGUUCAUACUCCAAGUACAACUGGGCAGUUAGGAAACUUCAUAAACGCCUUGAACAGCUGGGUGCGACCGAGUUCUUUCCACGUGGCGAGGCUGACGAACGUCACCAAGACGGCAUUGACGGUACUUUCUUAUCUUGGUCUCUGAGCCUCCGUAGUCAUUUAUUAAAGGAGUACCCCCUACCUGACGGCUUAUCACCUAUACCAGUGGACGUGCAACUUCCUCCGAAGUUCAUAUUAGAACCAGCACCCACGAUGGAUACCUCGGAUGAGCCUAUGCCUGACUUUGAUAGGCAUCAGGUUGAAGACUCAAACGGUGCAGAUUCAGCCGCCCCUUUCGUCAAAUCACCAAAUGUAUAUCAGCACCACAAGCUGCACAUGCAGGUUCUCGACAGCAAAGCAGCACUCUUUAGUCACAUCAACACUCCCGAUCCUGAGCGAUUGGAGCAUGAUCUCCGAACAGAGAGGAUGUCCGUCAACAGCGACACCUAUCCGGCACGUCUAUCAGAGCAGACGGCCAGGCUAAUACAAGGCGGGAUAGAUAUCUUAGACCGACCCAAUGUUCUAAGGGACCACCCAACUAAAUAUCUCCUGGAGGACCAGAGUAGUUCCAAGGAUGAUGCCCUCCCCCCUUCGGAUCUUCUUCCAAUACCGGGAGGUUGGCCAGCUCAUGUGCGCGAGAACUAUCGUGUUACGCCCACUAGUCACUGGCAAGAUGUGCGUCGUCUAAUUAUUGAAGUUCCUACACAGCCGAGUCCCACCAGAAGAGGCGAGAGAGACCUCUUUAGCUACGUCCCAGGCGACACAGUCGUUCUUUAUCCUAAGAACUUCCCAGCGGAUGUGCAAGCACUGAUCGAGCUCAUGGACUGGACCGAGGUAGCUGAUGUCCCUUUUGAACAUCGUGCAAGGCAGCAAGAUUCGCUUUACUCAAGGCCCAAGAAUUGCUAUCCUCUUGAUCAUUCCACCUUACGUCAGCUCCUUAUUCAUAACUACGACAUAACUGCCAUCCCGAAGCGCGUAUUCUUCCAGGAUAUUGCUUUCUAUACAAAUGACCCUAUGCACCAAGAGCGCCUACGGGAAUUUGCGAACCCCGGCCUCUCGGACGAAUUUUACGACUAUACUUCUCGGCCUCGACGAUCCAUUCUAGAGGUUCUCCAAGACUUCCCGUCGGUGAAAAUUCCCUACCAACACCUUCCAUCCAUCUUCCCUGUCAUGCGAGGCCGAGAGUACAGCAUCGCUAGUGGUGGCUUACUUCUUAAGAGCGAAGAAAAUCCGGAUUGUACGCGUGUCGAGCUUCUAGUAGCGCUGGUGAAGUACAAGACGGUUUUACGAAAGACUCGACAGGGGCUCUGCUCUCGAUAUUUGGAAUCCCUACGCCCUGGCACACAGAUCAUGAUCACCCACAGAGAAUAUGAUACACUUGAAGCUAGUUGGGUACGCAGACCAUUAUUGGCGAUCGCCCCGGGAACCGGUGUCGCGCCAAUACGUGCUCAUCUUUGGGAUCGUCUGGAAGAGUUAGAAACCGGCGAUGCUGUCCUCUUUUUCGGCGGUCGAAAUCGUGAUGCCGACUUCUAUUUUCAAAACGAGUGGGAGAAUCUUAGGGUGAAGGUCAUUACUGCGUUUUCGAGAGAUCAAGAAGAGAAGAUCUACGUACAAGACCGUAUCCGAGAGCAGUGGCAGCUAGUCUGCGAGCUUAUCCAGAAACGUUGCGUAAUCUGCAUUUGCGGGAGUUCGGGGAAGAUGCCAGAGGCGGUUAAAUUAGCCAUCCACGAUGCCAUGGUAAUGGGAAAGAUGGCCCCUGAUCGCGAGACUGCGAAAAAGUUACUGGCGAUAAACAACCCAUUAUGGGAGGAGGUUUGGUAACGGGCGGGAGGACUUCAUUAGUUGUAACGCCACUGGGGCGAGAUUGUAUUAUUCUUCAGCCAUCAUGAUAGAUGUAACAACAACCACGGUGAGCAGGGACGUCAAUGUAAAAUAUUAGGGACAUAUUAUUGUGCUUAGUGGGCGAUGAGACUUACUAGAGAUUAAUGAUUAACUCUAGCAUUUCUCCCCAUA